UCUCGCGAGAUUAAGUGUAAAGAAGAAGAAGGUGGGAGGUAAAAAGACGUCGUUUGAGGCCUAAACGUCAGCGUUAUGUUCCCGUCUUCCUAAUUGAUGCAUGCAUGUCUAAAAAAAAGUAAACAUCGAUAAAGAUAAUAGUUUGUAUUGGGAUGAAUUAGUCCGAGCGCACUUUGACGCUUCUUGUGCCAGUUUAGCUUGCUAGUUAGUUUAGCUACUUAGCUUAGCUUGUUAGCAGCAAAAAAGCGACGCGGAGGUUAUUAUCGACACAUCUCUCAGCAGUAAACAAGUGCGAGUGUUGUCUUGUCAUUGUGAGGAAAAUGUGCGAAAGAACGAUAGUGGGCUACGAAAAGGAACUUUCGCCAACUAAAGAGAAGACCGAGCGUCAACAUCAACUACUGGACGCUUUUUUCAAGAAGCAUCACGUUGUGUUACACGGAACAGAGGUCCAGCAGCCCCCCCAUGUUAAAGAGGACAACCCACCUCCCCCUCACGUAAAAGACAAAAAGGAGGAGCCACAGCCCGCCCACAUCAAAGAGGAAGAGGAGGAACUCUGGAUCACUCAGGAGGCGGAGCUCCCCAAGUUUCCACUGACUGUUGUCUCCCUGAAGACUGAAGAGCGUGAAGAGAAACCACCUGAGUCCUCGCAGCUUCAUCACAGUCCAAACACCUGUGAAGAACACGGUCUUUCUAAGCAGAAGGAAUCGACCCUCAGGACGGAGCAGGAGGAGCCAAAUCUCCCCCGCGUCAACAAGGAGAAGGCUCGGUUUCGAGCCCCGCCCUUUAAAGAGGAAGGGAUUAAAGAAGAGGAGGAGGAACACAGCAUCAGUCGAUAUGGAGAGCAGUUUGAAUGGUUGGAGGAGGUUGACGUCACCAGGAUGCCAUUGACCGUCAUUGUGAAGAGUGAAGAUGGUGAGGUCAAAGGUGAAAGUGCGGCGGAGCCUCCAGGCAGCAGCUCGGCUCGACACAUGACAACAGAAGCUGAGGGAGACCACUGUGGAGGAUCACCACCAGAAAACCUCUUAGCGCCGCUAUCAGACAGUGACGACUUAACCUCACUCUCUACUGACACUGACGAUGACGAUAAUGACAAAGACUUGAAAGCAGACAACGGACAAUAUCAGUGCCCUCAUUGUGACAAAACUAUUAAACACAGUUGUCAUCUAAAAAUACAUAUGAGAAUACACACUGGUGAAAAACCAUUUGUGUGCUCAGUGUGCAGCAAAAGAUUCUCUCAGAAGCAACAUUUGAAAGUACACAUGAGAGUGCACACCGGGGAAAAACCGUUCAUGUGCUCGGUUUGUGGGCAAACGUUCUCUCAGAAGCAUUGUCUGAAAAUACACUCAGCGAUGCACACGGGAGAUAAACCCUUUUCCUGUUCAAUCUGCGCCAAGCGUUUUGUACAAAAUGUCGAUUUGAAAGUACACAUGAGGAUCCACACCGGGGAAAAACCUUUUACCUGUUCAAUUUGUGGCAAAGUCUUUUUGCGGAAAGAUGCGUUUAAAAUACACUCGAGACGACACACCGGCGAAAAGCCGUUUUCGUGUUCGAGCUGCAACAAAAGCUACUGUGACCAGUCGUCACUUUUGAAACACAUCAAAACGCACAGCGGGGAAAAACCAUAUUCCUGUUCCAGCUGCGACAGAAGCUUUUAUGAGCAUUCAAAACUCGUGGUGCACAUGCGGACACACACCGGGGAGAAAGUGUUCAGUUGCAGCGUGUGUGAUGAACGGUUCUCCUACAAGUACCAGUGCAAGAAACACAAGUGUGCUGGGGAGAACCGCAGCAACAAAUGAAGCUGCAGGAUCUUGAAUAAACUGCACCAAUCCAUCCAUCCAUCCAUUUCCUACCGCUUAUUCCCUUUGGGGUCGCGGGGGGCGCUAGUGCCUAUCUCAGCUAAUAUUAACUUUAAUUUUCUAACAAUACCUCAUAUAACGUGUGACAUCUUUACCAAUAUGUUUUUAUUUCUGUCACGUACAUGUAUUUAAACAAGCUCUGCUUCUCCCUAAUCCUUUCCAGACAUGAUGGUAUGUGACUUUGUAAAUAUGUGAUGUAUUUUAUUGUAAGUGUAUGCAUAUUGGAAAUAAAGUAUCAACAAUAA